CAAAUGCUAUGAAAAUCCUGAAUACCGACGCCGGUGUGGGUAUUGUGCUGUCGGUAAUGGUGCCCGAAAUUGGCAAACUUGUGGGGGCCGAGCCUUUUGACAUUAAGGCCGUCCAAUACUUCGAUGAUCUCACGAAUCAAAUACUCAGUGAACGGAAAGUUAGCAACAAAUACACGACAACUGAUAAAUCCAAACGUCGCACAGAUUUCAUACAAUUGAUGAUAGACUCGGAAAAGUCGGCUAAAGAUUUGGGCUAUAAUUCCCACAGCGAUGUAGAGCCGGACGAACCCAAUGAUCAACAAAUGUCCAAAAAGUUGGGUCAACUCACAGCCGACGAACUCACGGCUCAGGGAAUACUAUUUUUCAUCGCCGGCUACGACACUACCAGUGCCGCCAUAACUCACGCCAUAUACUACUUGUCCCAAAACAAAGACUGCCAGCAAAGGCUAUACGAUGAACUGAAAACGUGCGAUGAGUUUACAUACGAGAAGCUAGGUCAUUUGAAAUACUUGAAUGCAGUCAUCAAUGAGACCCUACGUCUGGCCCCAUCCCUAACCCGAAUACAACGGGAAUGCCUACAGGACUACAAACUUGGAAAUACAGGCAUAACUAUACCGAAGGGAACGUCCGUCGAAAUAGUACCCUAUGCUCUGCACCGACAGCCGGACCUGUGGCCCAACCCUAACGACUUCAUUCCCGACCGCUUUCUGGAGCCCACACACCAUCCCUAUGCGUACAUACCGUUUGGUGGCGGACCCCGACUAUGCAUUGGACAACGGUUUGCC